AUGGCCUCCAAACAGAUCAUAAUCUCUCCCUAUGUUAACAUUAGUGAGAUCAAUCCUGCUCUAGAUCAUUAUAAGAUGAGGGUUCGUGUGAUAAGACUUUGGAAAGCAUUCAAAUCGCUGCAGAUGGUUUUAGUCGAUGCAGAGGGUACGAGGAUUCAUGCGUCUAUUGAGGAUGCAUUGGUGAAGAAAUUUCAUAACCAGCUUAAUGUUGGUGAAUCGAAAAUAAUCGAUACUUUCAGUUUGGUGGAUUAUGACGAUGUGAUGGGCCAAAUUGUUGGAGUUGGUUCUCUAGAUAACGUUAAAAUUAAAGGAAAGGACAACUUGAAGAUAAGUUUUGACUUGCAGAAUAUAAGUGUCGUUGAACUGGUUCAAACUGAUGGCGAAGCAAAGCAUGUACAACCAAAGGUAACUUUGUAUGAAGAGUUUUUCAUGAUAAAUGAAAAGAAGACUAUCGACGAUAUCCUGUAUUCACUCGAGGUACGAACAUGUGUGACUAUUGGAACGAUCUGUUCGGUGGAAAACGUGCCUAAGUGGUACUACAUUGCAUGCAAAGUUUGUAGAAAGAAAGUUCAACCAUAUCCAUUAGAAUCGGACAAGGGUAAACAACAUGUAUAUAGUUGUGGUGUUUGCGACGACAAUGUGAAGGAAGUCGAUUAUAAGUAUAAACUCAUGCUGCAUGUUUCCUAUGGAACGUCUCCAAAAAUUAAGCUGCUAUUUUUUUAUGGUCUAGCUCAGAUUUUUGUUGGUAAAAAGGCUGACGAGUUGGUAACACAACUAGGCGAGGACGAUCUUAACAUCAUGCCCGUGUCUCUUUCUGCUCUAAUUGGGAAGACUAUGCUCUUUAAGCUUUCUAUCACAAAUGAUAAUUUGAAGAGUGACAGGGCUUCUUAUGUUGUUGAAAAGUUUUGGGAGAAGGAUGAUAUGGUAAAUCAGUUUGUCAAGGAAACUUACGGAAAGGUUCAUAAUGAUAACCAAGAAAUAGAACCAGAUGAACAAGUUCUUCAACUUACGUCAGAUGAAACAAUAUCACUUUCGACAAAGAGAGAGUUGCCUGGAGUCAAUGAAGACAUCGUACGAGGUCAUAGCAUGACUACUAGAAAGAAGAUCAAGACUGAAAAUCAAACAUAA